AUGAUAACAUUCAAAGAUCUCUACACUGUCUUAACAGCAGUUGUUCCAUUAUAUGUUGCUAUGAUCUUAGCCUACGGUUCUGUCCGUUGGUGGAAGAUCUUCUCACCCGAUCAAUGCUCCGGCAUAAACCGUUUCGUCGCGGUUUUCGCCGUCCCUCUCCUCUCUUUCCAUUUCAUCUCAUCCAAUAAUCCAUACCAAAUGAACUUCAGAUUCAUAGCAGCAGACACACUUCAAAAAAUCAUCAUGCUUUUCGCACUUUCGCUAUGGACAAAGUUUACCAAAAACGGAACGUUAAUGGUUCAAGUUGUGGUUCUUCAGUGUAUCAUAUGGUACACUCUUUUGCUUUUUCUGUUUGAGUACCGUGGUGCGAAGCUUUUAAUCAUGGAACAGUUUCCAGAAACCGCGGCUUCGAUUGUUUCGUUUAAGGUCGAUUCUGACGUUGUUUCGCUAGACGGAAGGGAUUUUCUUGAAACUGAUGCAUCUGUUGGUGAUGAUGGGAAGUUACAUGUUACUGUGAGAAAAUCUAACGCGUCGCGGAGAUCAUUCAUGAUGAGUACUCCGCGACCGUCAAAUUUGACUGGAGCUGAGAUUUAUAGUCUCAGUUCCACCCCAAGAGGGUCUAAUUUCAACCACGCCGAGUUUUACUCCAUGAUGGGCUAUCAACCAAGACAUUCCAAUUUUGGUAACAAUGAUUUGUAUUCUGUACAGUCUUCUAGAGGACCUACUCCUAGACCGUCGAAUUUCGAAGAAAACGGCGCAAGUUCCCCGAGAUUUGGGUUUUAUCCGGCGCAGAGUGCGCCUGCUUCGUAUCCUGCCCCGAAUCCUGAAUUCUCUUCUACUGCGAAAACUGUGAAGAAUCAAAAUUUGAUGCAGCAGCAGCCACAGCAGCAACAGGUUUCAUUGCAGACAAAGGGCUCUCAGGAUGCUAAGGAGUUGCACAUGUUUGUGUGGAGCUCAAGUGCUUCGCCGGUUUCGGAAAGUGCCGGUCUCAAUGCCUUCCGAAAUUCGGAACAAUCGGAAGAGGGUGCUAAAGAGAUCAGGAUGGUGGUUGCUGAUGAACAUAAUCAAAAUGGUGAAAUCAAUAACAAAGGGGAACUUAGUGGAGAAGAAGAUUUCAAGUUUAUUGGAGUGAAAGGAGAAGAACAAGUCGGAGAAGGGCCCAAUGGGCCUAACAAGCUGAGCUCCAAUGCAACACCAGAGAUCCACCCUAAAGCCACUGGAGUGGCCGAUUCUGGUGUCGGAAAAUUUAUGCCUCCAGCGAGCGUCAUGACUCGUCUCAUACUCAUUAUGGUUUGGAGAAAACUUAUUCGAAAUCCCAACACUUAUUCAAGUCUCAUUGGCCUCGUUUGGUCUCUUGUUGCAUUUAGGUGGGGUGUUCAUAUGCCUAAAAUAGUAGAGAAAUCAAUUUCCAUACUGUCUGAUGCUGGUCUUGGAAUGGCUAUGUUUAGCUUAGGUUUGUUUAUGGCUCUUCAACCCAAGAUAAUUGCAUGUGGAAAUUCUGUUGCCUCAUUUGCCAUGGCUAUUAGAUUCCUUACUGGUCCAGCAGUUAUGGCAGCUGCUUCUAUUGCGGUCGGCCUCCGUGGUACCCUCCUUCAUGUAGCCAUUGUUCAGGCUGCACUUCCGCAAGGGAUUGUUCCAUUUGUGUUUGCGAAAGAGUACAAUGUUCAUCCGGCUAUUCUUAGUACAGCGGUUAUUUUUGGGAUGUUGAUAGCUCUUCCAAUUACUCUACUCUACUACAUACUCCUUGGUUUGUAA